AUGGCUCCCAUCCGCGUCGCCCUGGUUGGCCUCUCCGCCAAUGCCACGACAUCAUGGGCCGCCGAGGCCCACCUCCCGUACCUCCUCUCCCCGCGCGGACGCAGCCACUAUAUCGUCACUGCGCUCCUCAACUCCAGCACCGAAGCCGCGGAGGCCGCGCGCGGCCACUACGGCCUCCCCGACGACGUCAGAGCCUACGGCGACCCGGAGGCCCUGGCUCGGGACCCCGACGUCGACCUGGUGGUCUGCAGCACCCGCGUCGACACGCAUUUUGACGUCGUCGCGCCGUCUGCCAGAGCGGGUAAGGCCGUGUACGUCGAGUGGCCCCUCGCCGAGGACCUCGAGAGGUCGGAGGCGCUCGCGCAGCUGGUCGCGCAGUCCAGCUGGGGCAGCAUCGUGGGGCUGCAAGGGCGGGCAGCCCGGGUGGUGCUCCGCAUCAGGGAUGUCGUUCUGUCCGGUUGCAUCGGCAAAGUUCUGGGGAGCGACGUCGAGGCGUACGGCAGCCUGCUCUCGCGGGACGAACUCCCCGAAGGCUUGGCGUACUUCGCCGAGAGGAAGGUCGGCGGGAACCCCGUCACGAUCGCGUUCGGGCACAUGAUUGACUACGUCCACCACGUGGUCGGGGAGUUCGACGGCGGGUUCGAGAGCCGGCUGCAGAUCCAGCGGGCGGAGGUCAGGGUCCUCCUCGGCGAUGGCGCGGCGCGGCGGGUCCGGUCAGACGUGCCUGAUUUCGUCGCCCUCCACGGGGCCCUGCGGGGACGUGACGACGAUACCGUCGCCGUCGAUGGCGCGACGCUGGCAGUUCGGUUCCGGAACGGGCCGCCGUUCAAGGGGCGGUCUGCUCUCGUGUGGAGGAUCGUCGGGGAGAAGGGGGAGGUCGAGGUCGAGAGCCCCGCGGGCCCGUACUUGCAUUCGGACUCGUACGAUGAGCCGGUCGUAAUCCGGGUCCACGACCAUGAGAGGGACGAAGUGGAGGAGGUGUCGUGGGACUGGGAGGGGUGGCAGAAGGAGUUGCCGGUCCGGGCGAGGAAUGUUGGUGAGGUAUACGAGAGGUUUGCGAGGUGGGCCGAGGCCGGGAGGGGGAAUGUUGAGGAGGAUGGGCAGUGGUCUACGGUUCAAGAUGCCUUUUUGCGGAUGAGGGAGUUGGAAGCUUUGUUGCAAGGGUUUGGGAAGCCAUCAGGAGAAAUCUGA